UCCAUAUUCAAAGUCCACAGCCAAAUUUUAAUCGUAUAUCAUCUUUAUUUUUAUUUUGUUUUUAUAUAUUUUGCCAAAAUUCUUCUAAAUAAAUUAGAAAAAGCCGUGGAAAUUUUUAUUUUUCCUUUUUUCAUUUCCCUUUAUAAUAAUUAAUUAUAUUAUUUUUUCGCCGGAUAUAUUUUAGCCGGAGAAGAAUCGAUGAAUACAUAGCCGUGUACGUAUUUUUCCCGGAUCUGAGACUCGUCGGAGCUUGCCGGCGCUUAAACCCGAACACGUGUUUUUUCUGCAUCCUGGUUGAAAACCCUAAAGCGCCUCUACUUUUCCUUUAUCGGUCCUCAGAUCUUUCAGUCUGCAGCACGCGGAGGCUGUGGAAUAUUGUUGCCUUAUCGUCGUCUUGACUGUAGAAGAGAUUUUUCCGUUGCUUUAAUUAUGAGAUAGGCGUAUUGGGGAAAUCAUGGCCUCCAAGGGUCCAAGAUCCAAGCUGGACCAUGAAUCACGGGCUAAGCGACAGAAGGCACUUGAGGCUCCAAAAGAACCUCAACGUCCUAAAACACAUUGGGAUCAUGUUCUUGAAGAGAUGGUCUGGUUGUCCAAGGACUUUGAGUCAGAGAGAAAAUGGAAACUUGCUCAGGCAAAGAAAGUUGCAAUAAGAGCCAGCAAGGGCAUGCUCGAUCAAGCUACAAGAGGGGAGAAAAGAAUAAAGGUCCAAUACAAGCAUCAGUUAGAGCUUGAUGAGAAGAAGAAGAAAGCACUUGAUAAACAGCUUGAGUUCCUCCUUGGGCAAACUGAAAGGUACUCAUCAAUGCUUGCUGAAAACCUUGUAGGCACGCGGACUCCCUGCAAGCCAUCUAACUUGUGUAGUACUCAAGCUCAAACUAGCAAUCAUCAGGAAGAAAGUGGUGACAUGAAUCGAAGUUCAUCUAAAUCAGAUACUGGAUCCCAGUCAGAUCUUCCUACUGCUGCAGAUGAAGACUAUGAUUUGCAGUCUGGUGAUGAAUUGGUGGAAGAUGACGAGCGUACCAUUGAGGAAGAUGAGGCUCUCAUUACUAAAGAAGAGAGGGAAGAAGAAUUAGCGGCAUUACAGAGUGAAGUUGAUUUACCUCUUGAGGAGAUACUAAAGCGAUAUGCUUCAGUGGAAGUGAGCAGAGAAUUGAGUCCUGCCAAGGAUGAUAAUAUUCCUGGAGCAGUCAAUCUUAAAGAGUAUAAUGGAAAACAAGAGGCUGAAUUGACCCCUGAGAUAAAGACAGACAGCUCACCUUCAGAACCUGGUCGUCGUUGUGUUGAAAGUAAUGGUGUGUUAUCUGUGUCAGAAAACCAUUUUUCUGAGUUUAAGAAACACAGAAAGAGAAAUUCAUUAAAGAAACUUCCUCAAUCAGAGAAGAAACAGAUUUUACAUGAGUUCAAAGAUGAACAGGAAGAUGAUGAUUUUGUGCUUUCUGCUGGAGAAGAAAAGGAAUAUGAUAUGGAUGAUGAGACAACACUUCUAGAGGAGGAAGCAUUGGCAAAUGCAGAGUCAAACCAUACUGAAGAUGAGAUUGCACUUCUGCAGAAGGAAAGUGAAGUUCCCACAGAGCAGCUGCUUGAAAGGUAUAAAAAGGGUUGUGACAGUGAUAAAGAUGUGGAAGAUGACUUUGAGUCCUUGUUGGAUUCUGAUUCAGAAGAAUAUGCGAGUUCUGCAGAACAAGGAAACUGUGAAAAUACGCAUUGUGAUAAUGAAUCUAAUGGAUUGCAGCUUGAUGUAAUACCUCAUAGAGAGAUAGAUGAAGCUGAUUGCUCGCAGAAGUUUGGAGAAGAUACACAGGGUGAAAAUAUAAUUGCCGAUGCAGCAGCUGCCGCCAGGUCAGCUCAACCGACUGGCAACACAUUCUCAACAACAAAAGUACGGACAAAGUUCCCUUUUCUUCUGAAGUAUCCUCUUCGCGAGUAUCAACAUAUUGGCUUGGAUUGGCUUGUGACCAUGUAUGAGAAGAGGCUUAAUGGUAUACUUGCUGAUGAGAUGGGUUUGGGAAAGACAAUUAUGACAAUUUCUCUUCUUGCUCAUCUCGCUUGUGAAAAAGGAAUAUGGGGUCCUCAUCUUAUUGUUGUCCCAACUAGUGUGAUGCUCAAUUGGGAGACCGAGUUCCUCAAAUGGUGUCCUGCCUUUAAAAUACUGACUUACUUUGGAAGUGCUAAAGAGCGGAGAAUAAAGAGGCAAGGAUGGAUGAAACCUAAUACAUUUCAUGUUUGCAUAACUACAUAUAGGCUUGUCAUCCAGGAUUCUAAAAUAUUCAAGCGGAAAAAGUGGAAAUACCUGAUCCUAGAUGAAGCUCAUCUGAUAAAGAAUUGGAAGUCCCAAAGGUGGCAAACACUGCUUAAUUUUAACUCCAAAAGGCGUAUUCUCCUGACGGGUACUCCUCUGCAGAAUGAUCUAAUGGAACUUUGGUCUCUAAUGCAUUUCUUGAUGCCUCAUAUUUUCCAGUCCCACCAAGAAUUUAAGGAUUGGUUCAGCAAUCCAAUAUCGGUGAUGGUGGAGGGGCAAGAGAAAGUAAACAAAGAAGUAGUUGAUCGACUGCAUAAUGUUCUGCGCCCUUUCAUACUACGCCGUUUGAAAAGGGAUGUUGAGAAGCAGCUCCCCAUGAAACACGAGCAUGUUAUCUAUUGUAGGCUCUCGAGAAGGCAGCGCAACUUAUAUGAGGACUUCAUUGCGAGCUCCGAGACACAGGCUACUCUAGCCAGUGCUAAUUUUUUCGGAAUGAUUAGUGUUAUCAUGCAACUUCGUAAAGUAUGCAAUCAUCCUGAUUUAUUUGAAGGUCGGCCAAUUGUCAGCUCGUAUGAUAUGAGUGGUAUAGACAUGCAACUGAGCUCUUCUGUUUGCUCGGUGCUUACUCCGGAGCCAUUUUCAACUAUUAACCUUUGUGACCUUGGUUUUGUGUUCACACAUCUGGACUUCUCGAUGACUUCGUGGGAGAGUGAAGAGACUCUUGCUAUUGCUACACCUUCAAGCUUAAUUGAGCAACAUGCAAAUCUGGUUAAUCUGGAGGAGAACAGGAUUGGGCUCAAACAUAAGAAAAAGUUGCACUCGACAAAUAUUUUUGAAGAGAUCCAAAAGGCACUGUUGGAGGAGAGAUUGAAAGAAGCAAAGGAGCGUGCCGCAGCAGUUGCCUGGUGGAAUUCUUUGAGAUGCAAAAGAAAACCCAUGUAUGCCACUGGCCUCAGGGAGCUUGUCACUGUUAGGCAUCCUGUCCAUGAUAUUCAUUCUCAGAAGCAUAAUCCUUUGUCUUAUCAGUUCUCAUCCAAGCUUUCUGACAUUGUGCUGUCACCGGUUGAAAGAUUCAGCAAGAUGAUUGAUCAGGUCGAAAGCUUCAUGUUUGCAAUACCUGCCGCACGUGCUCCUCCACCAGUUUGCUGGUGCAGUAAAGGCGGAUCACCUGUGUUUAUUCAGCAAAAGUUUGAGGACUCAUGGUCUCGAGCUUUCUUCCCUCUUCUUACUCCAUUUCGCCCUGCUAUUAUUCGAAGGCAAGUUUACUUUCCGGAUAGAAGACUUAUCCAGUUUGACUGUGGUAAGCUGCAGGAGCUUGCGGUUCUGCUGAGGCGGCUGAAAUCAGAGGGUCAUAGGGCCCUGAUUUUCACCCAAAUGACAAAAAUGCUUGAUGUUCUGGAGGCAUUCAUUAAUUUGUAUGGUUACACUUACAUGCGUCUAGAUGGUUCCACUCCUCCUGAAGAGAGGCAAACGCUUAUGCAGCGGUUCAAUACAAAUCCUAAGUAUUUUCUCUUUAUUUUGUCAACACGAAGUGGGGGUGUUGGCAUAAACUUAGUCGGGGCAGAUACUGUCAUCUUUUAUGACAGUGACUGGAAUCCAGCCAUGGAUCAACAAGCACAAGAUAGGUGUCACAGGAUAGGGCAGACUCGUGAAGUACACAUCUACCGGUUGAUCAGUGAGAGUACCAUUGAAGAGAACAUCUUGAAAAAAGCUAACCAAAAGCGAGCUCUCGACAAUUUGGUUAUACAGAGUGGAAGCUACAACACUGAAUUCUUCAAGAAAUUGGAUCCAAUGGAGUUGUUCUCAGGUCACACAACAAUAGCCCAGAAGGAUACACCAACUGAAAAACCAUCAAACGGUGCUGAUGACAUCACCCUGUCUAGUGUUGAUUUGGAGGCUGCUUUGAAGAAUGCUGAAGAUGAAGCAGACUACAUGGCGCUUAAAAAAGUUGAAGAAGAAGAAGCUGUGGAUAAUCAAGAAUUCACUGAGGAAGCUGUUGGGAAACUUGAGGAUGAUGAACUUGCCUAUGAAGAGGAAAUGAAUUUUGAUGGUCCGGCUGAACAAACUGCCUUGAUUGCUAAAUCAGAUGGAGGCAAUGAAGCAAGUGGCAGUCAGUUAGUUGAGGAAGGAGCCCUCGAUUUUCGUAGUAAAGAAGAUGAUGUCGAUAUGCUUGCUGACGUCAAAGAGAUGGCUGCAGCUGCAGCUGCAGCUGGUCAUGCAAUCUUGUCCUUUGAGAAUCAACUGCGUCCAAUUGAUCGAUAUGCAAUACGUUUCCUCGAGUUAUGGGACCCAAUUAUUGACAAGACUGAAGUUGAAUCUCAUACUGUGACUGAGGAAACUGAAUGGGAAUUGGAGCACAUUGAGAAAUUGAAAGAUGAUAUGGAAGCUGAGAUUGACGAUGAUGAAGAACCGUUAGUGUAUGAAAGAUGGGAUGCGGAUUUCGCUACUGAAGUGUACAAACAACAAGUUGAAGCAUUAGCUCAGCAGCAGUUGAUGGAAGACUUGGAACGUGAAGCCCGCGAGAAGGAGGCUUUAGAUCGUGCAAAUUCUGAUUCUCAAAGGAAUGAUAUCUCAGUGGUUUCUAAACCCAAGUCCAAAAAGAAACCCAAAAAAGCCAAGUUUAAAUCUUUGAAGAAAGCUGCUCUGGUUUCUAAAUCCAUCUCACUUAAGGAAGACUCUUCAGUAGAGACAAUGUCUAUAGAUGAGGAUAUAAUCGAUGAUGAGUUGAUCACGUCCCCAGAGGCUUUAUCCCCCUUGCCUCAGGAAAAGAGACGUAGGCCUGUUUCAGAUGAUGAUGAGCCGAGGAGCAGAAAGAAGCCUAAAAAGAUAAAGACUUCUGAAAUAGGAAACAUUCUCAUGUAUCCCAAGCCGUCUAGCAAGCACCAAAACGAUCACAAAGACUUGAAAGUCUGUGAUAAUGGUGUUGCUGAUCUCGAAUCUAAGCAAAUAAAUAAGAGUAAGGCCCGGGGAAAGCUUUCGAUUCCCGUCAUGCCUCUGAAACGCUUCUUCACUAUAAAACCGGACAAGUCCAAGAAGAAAGGAACCAUUUGGUCCAAGGAUUUUAAUGCUUCUCUUGAUAUAUGGUCACCGAAAGAAGAUGCUGUGUUAUGCGGGGUUGUGCACGAGUAUGGCCCAAAUUGGAACUUGGCAAGUGAAAUUUUGUAUGACAUGGUUGCCGGUGGGUCUUAUCGUGGCAGGUUUCAUCAUCCUGUCCGCUGCUCCGAGAGGUUUAGGGAUCUACUCCAGAGAUAUGUUUUCACUGUUAGUGAUGGUACAAAUAAUGAAAAAGGUGUCGGCGCUGUUUCUGGGAAAGCUCUGCUUAGAGUGACUGAGGAUAAUAUCCGAGUGUUGCUUGGCAUUACUUCUGAACUACCAGACCAUGAAGUCCUUAUUCAGAGGCAUUUUUUCUCCCUGCUUUCUGCUUCUUGGAGGGAUAGCUUGCGCACUGGCUAUAGAAGUAAUGAUCCAUCUUUGCAAAAUGGAUUUUAUCCUUCUCGAAAGCUCUACGAUUCUAGAAUCAACCAUCAGAAUUUACCUGGGAAAUUUCCAGAAAGGCUGGAGUUUACUAAUUUGCAUGAGUGUGGCAAGUUAGUAGCAGCUGCUCUAGAUGGUGAUGGCACUCCUCAAAAUCACCCCAAAUUAUCUAUCUCUAAACAGGAGGAACUUUUGGUGGCAAAAGAACGGUUGGAUGUAAUCCUUGAAAUUCAGGGAAAAAGUGAUGAAAUUUCGCCGCUUCCAUCUGCCGUUAGUGUUUCAAUAUCCGUGCCAGACCCGUCUCUGUCUUCGAAGACGCUUUCUUCUGAGGAAUGCCAUUUCAAAUCUGCCCGUAGUCUUGUGACAAGCCAGUUUAGAAUAUCAGGGUCACCACAUCCAGAAAGUGGUUCGGGUGGGGAAUCCCUAAGUUUGCGGAAAAACAAGCUCCCUGUUUCAGACAUGUUAAAACCUUCCAAAUCAAAAUCCAGACGAGUUACCAAAGAACCAAGCCAUGCGCAUUCUCCAACAUCCCGUGAAGUUUUCCAGCAAAUGGGAUUGACGCCAGACGACCCAUUUUCAGACUUUGACGAGCUGUCAUCCUUCUUUCCCCAAGCCCGAAUGCUAGAAUCUGAUUGGCUGCUUGAAAUGGAUGGUGAUAUCUUGUCCUCGGGCAAUUUAGGAGCCACCUCAUUCGACAUCGGGCCAGAUUUAAAUUCCGGGCUGGAAGAUUUGUCGGUUUUACCUGAAUUUACGGAUAUAGGGUAAGAAUAAAUAUAAAUGAUAAAGAAAGUCACUCAACGGUUUUGGAAUUAGAGAGAGUGGCCGUAUUUUUUCAAAGAAUGGCUAAAUCUCGGGAAAGAGAAGCAAACUUGCAGUCGAUGAAAGUAUCGAGUACUCGAGGCUGGGGAAAAAUGAUUGCUGAGCUGUCGGGGGAGUAUAUUCAUCACAUAUAAAAAUGGGUGGUUAUGAGAGGUGGUUUUGUGAAUGGUGGAUGAAGUUCUUGUUUGGGGAAAGGUUAUGUGAGUGGCCAGAAAAUGUAGAAUAUUAGAUUGUUUUAAAGGGUGGAAUAUAUAUUAUUUCACGUGUAGGGAUAGGGUUUUAGUAUAUUUUUGCAAGUGGUGGUGUGUAAUUGCUGCUUUAUAAUUGUUGGUGGGACGAUGAACUUGCAAUUCUGAAUUUUUGAGGGGAAUAUUGGUGGACAUGUUUUUAUAUAUUCGUUGAUGCGUGCGAUGCAGUCAUAUUUUCUGCAUUGUGAUGGCAAUUAAAAAUCAUUCAGUGAUGAGGAAAAAAAUUGUUAUAUUUUCUUUCUUUGUGUGUGCAAUAAUUUGUUGAAUGUUUAAAAAAAAAGAAUGCCCACGAAUACCA